UUUUUUAGGAAGUUAAAAGUAAAACUGCCUCAUUGAAAAUUCGGCGAAACGUACGCGCUGAUAAAAAAUUGUAAAUUUGGGUAAACAAAACUUGAAAUAUCGAAUCUUUAAACUACAUUCUAUUAUGUCCUACUGCAUUCUUUAACAGCAUGCCAUUUAACACACAUGCUUAUAUGCCUGUUCCGAAUUGGCCCCACUAUUGCGAAAGGGCAAAUUGUUAACGUUAGCAAGAUCCGACUUAUUCCUUGGACCUGAUACAGGCGUUCGAUUCUCAUUGUUGUAUUCCAGAAAAAAAACUAUCAGAAUUCUGCUAGUUGAUACAUUUUCGAGUUUCCAAACUUUCAUGCUUGCCGAGCUUUAUGAUAGUCGAUUGGUCUCCCCUAUGCUGUCAUAGAUAUGCACUUUCAAAUAAACCUGAGAUCGAGGCACAUUUUCAACUGAGCUAAAUUUUAACGGUCGUUGCACAUGUAUAAAGUAUAAAAAUAUUUAGUCAAUUUUGCAGAUCAUACAGAACAGUUUGCAUAUACAGUUACAAUUUGAUUGUGUUAUUUAAUACAUGUAUUUUGUGAACAAAUUCUGAACAACGUUGCAUGAAGGUACUGCAGUUCGAUCGUAAAGACAUAACGUUUCGCACAUGCAUUUUACGAAACCUUUUGACCGCUAGAACUCGCAAGUUGACCUUCGAGAUUUGCAGCUUGGACGCGAAGAAACACUUGGAUCUACAAAACAGAAUUCCAAAGUCGAAAACUUGAUUUACCAUGUAACACGCUUCGAACUGAUUAUGAUUAUAUGUUAUAUAAUGAUUAUAGUCAUAUAUAAUUGAAAUUUCUCCGAUCACAUAAAUUUUAAUACAUUUUGUAAAAAGAAAAUAGUUAUUUAAACUUUAUCAGAAAUAUGAAGUCCCGAUCAUUUAUACGUUCUUCUUUUAUUUCAUCUCCUAAUAUCAAAGUACCAAAAAACUGUUGUUGCUCCUCCAUAACAUGCAAACGAUUCAGUUCCAGUAAUCAGCAUUCCAGAAACAGUAGAGCAAACCCCUUGACUUUGGACAGACAUUCGGUGUACAACCGGUACGAAGAAGUUGUUAAGUAUGCGCGGGAUGAACCGGACAAAUUUUGGGCCCAGAUGGCGCGAGAGAAAGUGACGUGGCACAAGCCAUUCAGUGUCGUGAACGAAAGUGACUUCAAAAAAGAUGGACGAGUCAGGUGGUUCGGGGACGGUCAGUUGAAUGUGAGUGAGAAUUGUCUGGACAGACACGACAGAGACUCGGUCGCUCUCAUCUGGGAGAAGGACGAGCCACGACAACACCAACACGUCACAUACGGUGAGCUGUUGGAUCUGACAUGUCAAGUAGCACACACCCUGUUGCAACUAGGAGUGUCGAAGGGAGACCGGGUGGUGAUUUACCUGCCCACUUGUCCCAUCGCAAUCGCCACCAUGCUCGCUUGUGCCCGAAUAGGUGCGAUACAUUGUGUCGUGUUCGCCGGAUUCAGUGCCUCCGCACUUGCACAACGAAUCAACGAUGCCGGCGCGAAACUAGUCGUGACGGCCGACAGGUCCCCGAGAGGCGGCAAAAUGAUAGAGCUGAAGAAAAUAGUCGACGAGGCGGUUAAGAUGUCAGGAUGUGUAGAGAAAGUGUUAGUUUGGCAGCGGCUUGGGAAAAAGGACUUGAAAGGGAUUGAUGUUGAUUUGGAAAAGGAGGUGGGCAAUCAAUCCAAAGAGAUGGAGGCUCCCUCGAUGAACGCGGAAGACCCUCUCUUUAUGCUGUAUACAUCAGGCAGCACAGGCAAACCAAAAGGCCUGGUCCAUACAAGUGGUGGCUAUCUGGCUUAUGUUGCCUGGACCCACGAGAUGGUGUUCAACUGGACGAAGGGCGAUGUGUUCGCAUGUGUAGCCGACAUAGGCUGGAUAACAGGGCACAGCUACCUGGCCUACGGGGCUCUAGCUAAUGGAAUCACCACUGUACUAUUCGAGAGCACGCCCUUGUACCCAGACCCAGGCAGGUACUGGGAGAUGGUUGAGCGUCUUGGGGUGAACCAGUUGUAUGCAGCCCCCACUGCCAUCAGGAGUUUGUUGAAGAAGGGCGACUCCUACCCCCAUCAGUACGACCUCUCCUCCCUCCGCACUCUGGGAUCGGUGGGGGAACCGAUCAACACUGAGGCGUGGCUCUGGUACAACGAACACGUCGGACACAAUAGAUGCACAGUAGUGGACACAUGGUGGCAGACAGAAACAGGCGGCAUCAUGAUCUCCCCCAGACCCAGUGCCCCGGAGGCAGAGAUCAUACCCACCAUGGCCAUGCGACCCCUGCCAGGGGUGGAAGUAGUUUUGAUUGACCCCCUGACGAAGGAGGAGUUGCCCAAGGGUGUGGCCACUGACGGGGACAUGUGCAUUACGAGACCAUGGCCCAGUAUGGCAAGGACAAUCUGGAAAGACCACAAUCGAUACGUGGACACUUAUUUGACGAAGGAGCACGGCUACUACCUGACAGGAGACGAGGCCCACCAGACGGAGGAGAACUACUACCGCAUCACAGGCAGGAUGGAUGACGUCAUCAACAUCAGUGGACACCGACUGGGCACCUCGGAGGUGGAAGACGCCAUUGACCAGCAUCCCCAAGUGUCAGAAUCAGCCGUCGUCAGUAUUCCCCACUCUAUCAAAGGAGAAGCGAUUGUGGCUUUUGUCACUCUUAAAGACAACUGCUCAAUAGAAGAAACUCAGUUAGAAACAGAGAUCAAUGCAGUGAUCAAGAAAGAGAUUGCCUCAUUUGCACAGCCAGAGAAUAUACACUUUGUAUCUAACCUUCCCCGCACCCGAUCAGGGAAGAUCAUGAGGCGUAUCCUGAAGAAGGUCAUCACAACCGGGGCCUCAGAGGACUUGGGAGACAUCUCCACACUGGCAGAUCCCUCCGCUGUACAAACUGUGGUGGACACGGUCAACAAAAAGAAGAAAAAUGAUCUACACAAAUAAUUAUUGACGUUGAUAUUUAUUGUUGCAAGCUGCUCUUUUUUCUGUAACCUGUUCCUACGACAAAAAAACUUCCUUUUCAUAAAUACAAGUGAAUCAUACGUCAAAUUUUAUAUGCUCACAAA